AUGCUUGAGAAGAUACUGGACGGUAAAACUGAUUUAUUUUGCUUUCUCCGACGAUGUAUUGUCUCCGUUUUGUAUCAUGUAUAAUAUAUUUUCUCGUAUUUAUAUGUUUAUUUUUUAACUUUUUUGUUCGCUCUGCAGAGAACUUUAUCGUAAUUUAUUAUAUGUAAUGUCAUUUGACUUUUGAGGAUAAUUUGUAAGGCAAAAUAUCUUAAUUUUGUAGAGUGAAAAUAAAAACCGUAUCUGUUGUCUCGAUGACCCGGACGAGGUCUUCUUGUACGUCAUAUAAGAUAAUUAUAGAGUUCCCGGAAGGCCCGGUAUAUAUAUAUAUUUAUUAUAUGGCAAUCAUUUGUUUUAGUGAAUGGCGCAAUUUGAUUGGCUGCUGACGAGGCAGGAUUUUCCCGUAUUGCCCAUGGGCAAUAUGCAAUUUUUAUUGCACGGCGAGAAAAACAAUCGGAAAAACUUUGAAAUUCAGUAAAAUACACAUACAUCAAGAAGAAAAUUAUUAAAGUGAGCGACGAAGAGCAUUCUGAAAGCGAGUUUUAUUAUCCAGAAGUACAAAAUGAAGAAUAUGAAACAAAUUUCUAUCAGUUUCACGACGACAAUGUCAACGAGUAUGUGCAGCGAAACAGCCAAGAAGAAAUUGACAUUUUUAUAAGCGAGCAAAAAAGCGUAAACACGGUGAAAAAACCUACAACCGACACGAAUGCAUUCGACCGGUAUGUAGCUGAAAUAAACAAACAAUAUUUCAACAUUUUGUACUUACCAGCACAGGAGCUUGACUACUUGUUGUCCAAGUUUUUCAAAGAUAUCCGCAAGUUAAAUGGCGAAGAGUACGAACCGGGAACGAUUUCAAGUUUCCAAAGGAGUAUUCAGCGCUUCCUUUCCGACAAUAAAUCCCAGUUUAACAUCCUGAGAGACAAAGAAUUUGAAAUGUCCCGCCAAGUCCUUGCAGCGAAACGAAAAAGUUUAGUAACCAAAGCCGGCAAGGGAAACAAGCCAAAUGCUACUUGCUCUCUCACGCAAGAAGAAGAGGCAAACUGUUUGAAUGUGGACAGUUUGGUAUGUCUGGACCAGAAGUCCUCCAGAGAACCAUGUGGUGGUUUUUGGCACUCCACUUUGGCUUCUGGGCAAGAGACGAAAGCCGUAAGUUAUGUUGGGGCGAUAUUCAACUCCAAAGAAACACUGAUGGUCACGAAAUGCUCAUCUGGCUGUGUGAGCGAGGCACAAAAACACGGAAUGGUCAAGAAAACGGUCACCAAAGAUCCUUUCAGCCAGAGAUUUAUGCCACUGGAUCAGAAAGAUGCCCUGUCGAGUACUAUAAAGCCUUCAAAAGCCAUUGUCCAGUCGAAAUGA